AUGGAUCCCCGCUUCCGUGCCUGUUACAACUGCAAUGACCCUUCCCACCAGGCGAAGGACUGCCCCAAGAAGGGUACCCCCACCUGCUACAACUGCGGUGGCGAGGGCCACGUGAACCGUGAGUGCCCCGAGCCUCAGAAGGAGCGCACCUGCUACAAGUGUGGCGAGGUCGGCCACUUGUCUCGUGACUGCCCCCGUGGCGGCGGCGGUGGUGGUAACUUCAGCGCCCCCGGUGGCCAGGAGUGCUACAAGUGCGGCCAGGUUGGUCACAUUGCCCGCAACUGCCCCCAGGGUGGCUUCGGCGGUGGCUUCGGUGGACGUCCCCAGACCUGCUACUCCUGCGGUGGCUUCGGCCACAUGGCUCGCGACUGCACCCAGGGUCAGAAGUGCUACAACUGCGGCGAGGUCGGUCACGUCUCCCGCGACUGCACCACUGAGGCCCGCGGCGAGCGCGUUUGCUACAAGUGCAAGCAGCCCGGCCACGUUCAGGCUGCCUGCCCUAACUAA